AAGAAAGCUAAGAAAAUAAACAAAAAGGUCUUGUCUGAAAGUCAGAAAGACAUGCUAUCUCAAGCACUGGUCAUCAGAUGGACAAACCCUAACCCUAACCCUAUCAAGUUAAUAACCACCACACAAUCCAGUCCUCAACGAAACCCUAAUAAAGGAACUCUAUAUAUCUUCCCUUCCCAAUCUCUCAUCUUCAAUUCCCUAACCCCAACAUCAAUGGAUCCAGACACCGAGGUAAUCAUAGAUUGCCCACCAGUAUUCAAACGCUACAAGAGUGGCCGUGUAGAAAGAUUAAUGGGCACAGAGUUCACUCCUGCUUCCAUUCAUCCCACUAAUGGCAGCACUGUCUCCUCCAAAGACAUCACUAUAAACCCUGAAACUUCCAUUACUGCACGUCUCUUCUUCCCUAACUUCUUCACCACUCCUCCUUCAACCAAGCUCCCCAUCCUUGUUUACUUCCAUGGAGGUGCCUUCUUCGUUGGCUCAGCCUUCAACCCAAGCUACCACAACUUCCUCACUUCUCUUGUCUCCAAAGCUAACAUCAUGGCUGUCUCCAUCAACUAUAGGCUAGCGCCGGAGCACCUUCUGCCAACUGCUUAUGAUGAUAGUUGGGAAGCCAUGCAGUGGGUUUUGAGAGGUGGUGAUGGUGAGCCAUGGUUGGCAGAGCAUGGAGACUUGAAGAGUGUAUUCAUGGCAGGUGACAGUGCUGGAGCUAAUAUAUCUCACCAAAUGGCUCUACGUGUGAAGAGAAAUGAGGUAUUAGGGAUGGUCCUUAUACAUCCUUACUUUUGGGGCAGUGAGGUUAUAGGGGAGGAGACUAGGGACCCUAAAACAAGGAGCUUCAUGGAAGGGCUUUGGAAGAUGGCUUGUGUGGAAGAGAUUGGAUAUGUGGAUCAUGAACUGUAUAAUCCAUUGAUGGAAGGGAGGUUGGCAGAGUUGAAGUGUGGGAAGGUGAUGGUGAUGGUGGCAGGGAAGGAUGUGUUGAGAGAGAGAGGAAGAGUGUAUUGUGAGAAGGUUAAGGAAAGUGGUUGGGAUGGGGAGGUGGAGUUGCAUGAGAGUGAAGAAGAGGAUCAUGUGUUUCAUCUUAAUAAGCCUGAGUGUGAUAAGGCUUUAGCUUUGUUGGACAAGAUAGUGGCCUUCUUCAAUUCCUUCUAGUCAUGAUGUGUUUUAAUCUUCUUGUUGUUGUUGUUUUUGUUCUUGUUGUUCUUCUUCUCUCUUAAAUGUAAUUGCUUGCCGCCAACGACCUUGGGGUCUAUUGGUACACGGGUCGCCGAUAGAGCUCUCAUCGAGUGGUGAGAGUUCAAUUCUCGGCUGAGCGCACAUUUCUGGGAUUUGUGACAUUUGCAUUAAGGUAUAUAUGCUUGUGUCUAAAAUUAAGUUGUUAAUUUAAUGCUUGUCUAUAUAUCUUCUUCUUCUCUGUUAAAUGUAAUUUCUUUCUUUAAAGUGAUUAUUAAAGAUGAAGGCCAUUUGCAUGAAGGCACAUAUA